AUGGCCGAAGUCAACGGCAUAUCCAAACAUGAAGACACUGUUUCUGUGUCUGCAUCACACUUGGGCAAGAGAAAGCGCACGGUAUCGCCAGAGAUCGCUUCAAAAGACUCUGCUCUACAAUCGGCUCUGCAAGAAGCACUGCGAGUUCUCCGCAAAUAUGACACUACUCCAUCGCUUCUCAAGUACCCUCUGCCUUCGUCCGAGUCCGAGGCGCCUGAAGUCAAACGCGCCCGCCUUGUAAAGUCAGAAUCCGCCAACGAUACUAUCGAGGAUCGUAUUCUGACAGGGACAUACAACUCUUUCCAUGAUUUGAAAGACGAUGUGCGAAGUGCCCAAAACGCUCUGAUCACCGAUCUAUCCGCUACGACACAGAAUGGCGAGGUUGAGUCUGACGUCCAAGGCCAAUUUUCAAAAUUACUCAAUGUAUUGGACAGAUAUGAGACUGAGUCCUCCGAAGUCUCCCAAACCAAUGGCGAAGAAUUGCCUAAAGCCGACCUGAUCAGUCAAAGUCCUAAACAAUUCCUGUCAUUGCGCAGCCAAGUCAACGGUAGUGUCCAGAUCCUGUUCUCGGGUCUUAAAGUUGAGCGGCAACCUGAAAAGAACAAGGCUGGCAGUAUACCAGAGGCUGAAAGCUCAAGACUUCCCAACGGAUUCGAACUUACAGACUUUUCGGCGUUAGGCGGAGAUCAAGAAGCAUUCAAGAAACAGGAAAAGAGGUUAUUUGGGACGGUCUUUCGCCAAGCUGGCCGAAUCAAGCCUUUAGACCUGCCACACACGGCGAGGGAUGUGGUGAGAGGUAAUACUCUGGAAUUCAUUCCAAACUCCAGCCGGACAGAGAAUCUACCUCAGAACAAGCACGACUACAAAUUUGCCAGAUUGGCUACGAGUUCAUGGCUCUCAUAUGCGACCACGAGUAACCACCACCCACAACAAGAAGAUCGAAGAAGGGUGCAGCCUGCAUCCAGCAACAACGACUUUAAGGCAGCCCUCGAAGCUAACAGUGUGCGACAGGGCCAUGAUCUAGGUCCGGAGGAACUGUUCAGCUCUGUUUACUCCUCCUUUGCACCUACCUCAGAUAACUCGUAUUCUGUCGUGUCUCAGAAAGACAAAAGUCGUCAAUGGUGGAGACAAUACGGUGAGCACAAGCUGUCGAGACUUUUUACGACAAGAGAUCCCUCAGUGUCGCUGGGUGACGGCGAAAACGGAGUCGCAGAAGACAAAGAUGAAUUUGCCGAUUUGGUUGCGAAUUUCGAGCCUGAGCAAGGUGAAGAAGAUGCGCAACCCGAAAACACAGAAAAGGAAGUUGAGACGCUCCUUGAGGAGGUUUCGGAACUGAUCGAAACUCUCAGUUCCUAUCAGAGAAACCGCAGCCUUGAGACAAUCGUUGCAGGCACGGUACCGAAGCCAACAACCCCGGAAAUUGACACGUUUACGAUGCUGAGAGAUCAAUUGAACAUCUUGGUCUCGUCAUUACCCCCGUUUGCUGUGGCCAAGCUCAACGGAGAUCAACUCGAAGAAUUGAACAUCUCCACAAGACUUGUUGUUGAGGUGCCUGACUAUCCAGGCACGGGACACAUGGACGAGUACGUGAAGUUUCGACAAAAGAUGGCGCAACAAGCGGCAGCAGCGGCGAGCCGCCCAUCAGGGACGCCUCAGCCAGUUCGCCCGAACUAUUCGCAAACACAGGCAACGCCAAUGGCAUACAACACCCAAGUUCGAAAUUACAAUGCUUCUGUUCCAGCCACGGCGGCAUACGGUCUUCGAACACAACAAAAUUAUCAGACCCCUCCGAUUGCGCGAGCGACCUAUCCGCAAAAUGCAUACCAAGCUUCCGCGAACCCCUAUUCAUCGUCGCGCCCUACGAUCCAGCAAUUUCAGCGACCCUCCAUGCAAAAUGGUUAUGGAAGCUACAGUAAUAACGCGUCCACACCGGCUCAAACUCAGUCGCAAACGCCUGGCGCGUACCGGCCGGCUCAACCAGGAUAUCCGCAACGUGCGCAAGACAAUGCUGCCACACUGGCGCGAUCUGCUUCGCCUCAGAAGCCUCUGGUCAAUGGCGCUCUCGGGCAAGGUCACCAGUACCCUCGGCAAUAUCAGACUCAGCAAAGUCAGCCGCCGCAGACACCGUAUAGUUAUCAGCAGAGGCAAGGUUCUGGAACACCCAGCACACCGAUUGCGGCUGCGCCAGGGGCAGCUGGAGGCGGAUAUGGUGGCAGAUACGACGCUGCUGCAGGCGACAGUUCUUCUCAGACCAUAGAGAUUUCUCGGUAA